AUGGCCACAGAAUCCCCGGAAACGAGUAUUUAUCAAGGACCAGCUUUUCCCUUUCCUCCACCAGCGCCAUGCGAAGGAUUUCUGUGCUAUUAUGAAGCUGGAAACAAUUAUUUCACAUCUUCGAUGAUAUGGAAGCUGUUGAUCUCAUUAUCGAUUAUUUUGAUGAUUUUGAUCAUUGUGGCCAGUGUGAUCAUUUGCACAAAUUGUGGUUGCGGGAAGAAGAAAAAGAGGAGAAAUUCCCGCCUCGAGGAGCUCGAGCCGUUAGAC